AUUGGCAGUGGUGUGAGUAAAUCUGUAAAUAUCUGUCAGUUACGGACUCAGCAGUCAGCUCCAGUCACCCACAUUAAAUGACCAAAUAAAAAACCUUUAUCUCUUCUUUAACCUUCCACUCCACCAAACAGACUUCUUUCCUCUUGUGAUUUUGUUUUUUCUGUGUCUUGAUGUUUGAGAUUUAUUUUACGAUUCUCAGCCCAAACUCUACCACCAAAACAUGAUAUCAGGUGAUGAUUAAGGAAUCUGUCAAUUUCUGGAGUUGUCAUCUACUUCGAACCAGCUAGUGCUUCGCAGGAUUUAUGCGCUAUGCGUGUUUGUUUUCGUUUACUUGCAUAAAGAAUUCAUAGAACUCCCAGAAGGGUUACAGCAGAUUCGCCUUUUCCUUUGGGUUUGUUCAUUUCGGUCUCUUUGAAUUCGUGCUCACUUGAUUGCAAAGGUGCCAUCUUUUCUGUUCUUUGUUCACUUGAAUCAUUUCUCUGGCCUUUGAUUCUGGCCUUUGAUUCUGAUUAUACUUUUGAUUGAAAUAGCUGUAGUUCGUGAACUGUUCUUCCCACUCCAUCUCUCUCUCCCUUAUUCAGUUCUCCUCUUGGGAUCUUGGUUUCGAUCUUACUUCUGAUUCUUAAAUAGCAGUAAUUGUAUUGCUAUUUCUGUAUGUGAAUCACGAACCCUAGAAGUCAGUUUCAAUUAAGCUUAAACAGAACCCAUCUACAUGUUAUUUGAUUGAUCUCCAUAUAGAUGAUGAUGGAGCUUAGCAGAAUUCAAUUGGUCGUAUGGGUCUUAUCAAUCUUGUGCUUGGCAUGCUUUUCUGAUGGAUUUACGCCAGUAGACAAUUACCUCAUAGACUGCGGAUCAAACUCCAAUGCUACAGUAGGUGGCCGUGUCUUCGUUUCUGAAAGCCAUGCUUCUCGCUUCCUUGCAACCCCACGAGAAAUCUUUGCCAACACUUCAAAAUCAGUCACUUCAUCUGAUGAUUCACAGCUCUACGAGACGGCGAGGAUCCUUGAUGGAACCUCGAUAUAUAGUUUUUCAAUUGGGAAAUCUGGGAGACACUGGAUCCGCCUUUACUUUUAUCCCUUUGUCUAUGAGAGCUACAACAUGAGCAAGGCAAAUUUCAGUGUUUCUGCUCAAAAUUUUGUCUUCCUGAGUGAUUUUGGCGUGACCACAAAUGUUAUCAAAGAGUUUUCUGUAAAUGUAACCUCUGAUACCCUUGUUAUCACUUUCACCCCUGUCAACAACUCGUUUGCAUUCUUGAAUGCUUUGGAAGUUGUUUCUGUUCCUGAUGAAAUCGUUACUGAUGAUGCCGACACAUACAGUCCGAAUGGCAGAUUCCAAGGCUUGCCUUGGCAAGCAUUGGAGACAGUUGCUAGAGUGAACAUGGGUGGACCAACAGUAUCCUCUGAAAAUGACACCCUCUGGCGAACUUGGGUUCCUGAUCAGAGUUUCAUAGUGCAGGCAAAUCUUGCUGCGAAUGUUUCGAAUAUUAGAGCUGUCAAUUAUGUGCAGGGUGGUGCAACACCAGAUAUUGCACCAAAUACUGUAUAUGGUACUGCUACAAAGAUGAACUCAGCAGAUGAUCCCAACAGCAAUUUUAAUGUUUCCUGGGAGUUCAGUGUGGAUCCUGGAUUUCAGUACCUUGUUCGCUUUCACUUUUGUGACAUAGUGAGCCAAUCUCUCAACCAGCUUUACUUCAAUGUUUAUAUUGACACCUAUAUCGUUGUCAGGGAUCUUGAUCUGAGUAGUUAUUUGGUUAACACUUUGGCUGCUGCAUAUUUUGCGGAUUAUGUCACACCAGUAACUGCCAGCAACAAGCUUCGUGUAAGCAUUGGCCCUUCUACUACUGUCAAUGUUUAUCCUGAUGCCAUUCUGAAUGGAUUGGAGAUAUUGAAAAUGAACGAUUCCAUGGGUAGCCUCAGUGGAGCAGCCACUAUUUCUUCAGCUACAAGUUCGAAGAAAAAUGUGGGAGCGAUUGUCGGUGGGAGCAUUGGAGCAUUUAUUGCAGUGUUGUUUGUAGGAAUUAUAUUUACUUUGUGCAGAAAGAGAAGAAGAUUGGCACAUGGUCCUUCCAAGACAUCAUGGAUUCCUCUGUCUGUGAAUGGAGGAAACUCGCCCACUACUGUAAGUAAAUACUCUAAUGGAACAACAGUAAGCACUGCAUCAAACUUGGGAUAUCGUUACCCUUUUGCAACAGUUCAAGAGGCCACAAACAACUUCGAUGAAAGUUGGGUUAUUGGAAUUGGUGGGUUUGGAAAGGUAUACAAGGGAGCACUUGCUGAUGGCACAAAAGUGGCUGUUAAGAGGGGAAAUCCGCGUUCCCAACAAGGACUUGCGGAGUUUCAGACAGAAAUUGAGAUGUUGUCUCAGUUCCGCCAUCGCCAUUUAGUUUCAUUGAUUGGGUAUUGUGACGAGAAGAAUGAGAUGAUAUUGAUUUAUGAAUAUAUGGAGAAUGGGACCCUAAAAGGUCACCUCUAUGGCUCAGGUCUUCCCAACUUGAGUUGGAAGCAAAGGCUCGAGAUAUGCAUUGGAGCAGCUAGAGGGCUUCACUAUCUCCAUACUGGCUAUGCAAAAGCUGUUAUCCAUCGUGAUGUAAAAUCUGCAAAUAUCUUGCUUGAUGAGAAUUUCAUGGCCAAAGUUGCUGAUUUUGGACUCUCAAAGACAGGUCCUGAGAUCGAUCAGACCCAUGUGAGUACUGCAGUAAAAGGGAGUUUUGGUUACUUGGAUCCAGAAUAUUUCAGAAGGCAACAGUUGACAGAGAAAUCUGAUGUGUAUUCAUUUGGCGUGGUUUUAUUCGAAGUUCUUUGUGCAAGGCCUGUGAUAGAUCCUUCACUCCCUAGGGAAAUGGUGAACUUAGCUGAAUGGGCGAUGAAAUGGCAAAAGAAAGGUCAGCUGGAGCAAAUAAUUGAUUCCAAUCUUGUGGGCAGAAUCCGACCAGAUUCGCUUAGAAAGUUUGCAGAAACUGCCGAGAAAUGCUUGGCUGACUUUGGUGUUGACAGGCCUUUUAUGGGAGAUGUUUUAUGGAACUUGGAGUAUGCCCUUCAACUUCAAGAAGCAGUAGUUCCUGAAGGUGAUCCUGAAGAAAAUAGUACCAACAUGAUCGGCGAGCUCUCUCCUCAAAUAAACAACUUCAGUCAGGCUGAUAGUAGUGUUUCUGUCGCACAAUUUGAAGCAUCAAGUGUCGAUGAUCUAUCAGGUGUUUCCAUGAGUCGGGUGUUCUCACAGCUUGUGAAGUCCGAGGGUAGGUGACUCACCAAAGGUGCCUGUUCUUCAUAGUUGGACAGAACUUGAAAUAGCUAAUUAAGAUGAAACUGUGAUACUGCAUGUGGGAGUGAGUUAUUUGUACAGCAAGGGUUAUGAUUUCACACAAACUUUAGCAAAUCUCUCAUUUAGCCUGCCUUUGUUUUACGUUUAAUAGAGUGCGUUUACUUGAAUGUUUGCAGGUCUUUUUGUAUAAUGUCUGUUCUUAAUUGCAUCACCAUGCUUGCUUACUCUGUCUAUUUAUGUCAUCUUGAUAUUCAGUUAUGAUUCUUCUGUUACU